AACCGCAGACCAAAACCACCAACAACCAACAAUCAACAUGAAGUUCCUCAUUGUCUUCGUUGCCCUCUUCGCCGUGGCCCUCGCCGCUCCAACCGGAGAAGUGACCAUCCUCCGCUCUGAGUCGGAUGUUGGACCCGAAAACUUCAGCUAUGCAUUCGAGACCAGCGACGGAACUGCCGCCCAGGAAUCGGGAGUCCUGAAGAACGCCGGCUCCGAGCAGGAGGCCAUCGCAGUCCAGGGCUCCUACAAGUUCAUCGCUGAUGAUGGCGUCACCUACGAGGUCACCUACAUCGCUGAUGAGAACGGUUUCCAGCCCUCGGGCGCUCAUCUGCCCGUGGCCCCUGAGGCUUAAGUUGAGUUGCUUCCAUCGCAAGCAGCUUGAACGCCAUCGAGUCCCUUGUUACUUUCCCCAGACCGAUUUCCCAAACCUUUUAUUCAAAAGGAAAAGGAUCUUAGUCAAAAGCCCUAGUUUGUUAAAUAUUAAAGAAAAAUGAGUACAUAAACAAAA